GGGGCCAGAUCUGAUAUUCUUUUUGUAAAAAAAUAAAUUACUAAAAUUGCAAAUUGAUUAGGAUUUCCUCAGAUCUUUCAAAUCUCUUGUUGAUUUUUUUUAUACCGAUUCUGAGUUACGAUGACCUGAAUCUGGAUGCAGUUCUCCAGCUGUUUUGACCUCUAAUUUAAGAAACCCUAGUUUCCAAGUCAGAUACUAUUUUGUAAUGGGUCUACUUAGAUUUUGAUUUGAUUUAGAUAUUUAGUGUCAUGUAUUAUUAGUAUUUUUCAUUUUUAGUUUCUAAUAUUGGGGUUUGUGAUAUUCUUGGGAAAUGAUGAGACUUUUCCAAAUUGUAUUUUGUUUGUUGGAACAGUGUUAAGUAAUGGGGACAGAGCUGAUGAGAAUCUGUGUGAAAGAAGAAAGUGAUGAGUUGCCAUCUGUUCCUCCUGGGUUUGAAUCAUAUGCUACUUUCACUUUAAAAAGAAGACUUGUCCCUGAUGAUCAGACCAAGGCUAAUGCAAUGGAGAGUGUUGCUUCUGUAUCAAAUCAAGCUGAGUUGGAGACUGAAUCCGAUGAAGCCAAAGCUGCUCGGUCUCUACGGCGUAGACCUUGGAUUAACUAUGAUGAUGAUGUUGCUGCUGAUCCAAACAAUGAGAAGAAGGCCUCGCCUCAAAAUCUUGAUCAAAAUUGUGGAGUGAAGUCUCCUCCUUCUCUACCAAAGGGUGUGACUAGAGGAUGUGCAGAAUGUAAUGACUGCCAAAAGGUAACUGCGAGAUGGCAUCCAGAUGAAGCUCGUAGGCCUGACCUUGAAGAUGCCCCUAUAUUCUACCCGAGCGAGGAGGAGUUUGAAGACACUUUGAGCUACAUAGCUAAAAUAAGACCCAAGGCUGAGAAGUAUGGAAUCUGCCGCAUUGUUCCUCCUCCUUCCUGGAAACCACCGUGCCCGCUGAAAGAAAAGCAAGUGUGGGAAGGUUCUAAAUUUAACACACGUGUCCAAAGAGUGGAUAAACUUCAGAACCGGAGUUCAAUGAAGAAGGUUUCAAAGCAUUCUAAUCAAAUGAGAAGGAAGAAGAGAAAGUGCAUGAAAAUGGGAAUGGAUUCUGGCGAUCCUGGCUCUGCAAGUCCCGGAAUGAGUGAGCUUGAGACGUUUGGGUUUGAACCUGGUCCAGGGUUCACUUUAAAAGACUUCAAAAAGUAUGCUGAUGAGUUCAAGGCUCAGUACUUUAAAAAGAGUGAGACUUCUACAUACAGUGAAUGUAAAGCUGGUGACUCCAUGGACUCCUGGGAGCCAGCAGUUGAGGAUGUUGAAGGUGAAUAUUGGCGGAUAGUAGAUAAAGCAACCGAAGAGAUAGAGGUGCUAUAUGGUGCUGACCUUGAAACUGGGGUGUUUGGUAGCGGAUUCCCCAAGAUAUCAUCAACUCACGAGGCUUCUUCUUCAGACGAAAUAUAUGCAAAAUCGGGCUGGAACUUAAAUAAUUUCUCAAGGCUUCCAGGAUCCCUUCUUAAGCAUGAGGCCAGUGAUAUCUCUGGUGUCCUUGUACCGUGGUUGUAUAUUGGGAUGUGCUUUUCUUCUUUCUGCUGGCAUGUUGAAGAUCACCAUUUGUAUUCGAUGAAUUACAUGCACUGGGGUGCCCCAAAAUUGUGGUAUGGUGUUGCGGGGAAGGAUGCUGUUAAACUAGAGGAGGCGAUGAGAAAGCAUUUGCCUGACCUUUUCGAAGAACAGCCUGAUUUGCUUCAUAAGCUAGUUACACAACUCUCCCCUUCAAAAUUGAAAACCGCAGGAGUACCUGUGCACCGUUGCGUCCAGCACGCUGGAGAGUUUGUCUUGACUUUUCCUCGGGCAUAUCAUGCGGGUUUUAAUUGUGGUUUCAACUGUGCUGAAGCUGUGAAUGUAGCACCAGUUGACUGGCUCCCUCAUGGGCAGAUUGCUAUAGAAUUAUACAGUCAACAGGGUAGAAAAACGUCCAUCUCGCAUGAUAAACUGUUGCUUGGGGCAGCAAGAGAAGUAGUGAAAGCCGACUGGGAGCUUAACUUGCUAAAGAAGAAUACAAUAUAUAACUUGUGGUGGAAGGAGUUUAGUGGAAAGGAUGGGAUUUUGGCAAAAACACUCAAGGCACGCAUUGACAUGGAACGUACAAGAAGAGAAUUUUUGUGCAGCUCUUCACUUGCACUGAAGAUGCAUAGUAAUUUCGAUGCUACCAACGAGAGAGAGUGUUGUAUAUGCUUCUUUGAUUUGCACCUCUCCGCAGCUGGUUGCCGCUGUUCCCCAGAGAAGUACUCAUGCUUGACACAUGUGAAGCAGUUGUGUUCGUGUCCGUGGGUUACUAAAUAUUAUCUAUUUCGCUACGAUAUGGAUGAACUGAAUGUUCUUCUCGAGGCUGUGGAAGGUAAACUUAGUUCUGUGUAUAGAUGGGCGCGUCAAGAUUUAGGAUUGGCUUUAAGUGAAAACCUCUCAGGAAGCAAGAUGGAGAUAGAUGAAGAAGAACCACAACAAGCAGCUGCACUUUUAGGGAAAGAUUUACAGAUGAAAGCAACAUCGAGAGAAGAUCUGAGCAGACGGUUAGAAAAGACGAGUAAAUUAUUAGAAGUCAAGGAGGAGCAGUUAACACCAAGCCAUUGUAUGAAGCCAGUCAAAGAAGAAACUGUUUAUGAUUCUUCUGUUCCAGUUUGCCAACCAUCUGAAGGAGGCAUCUCUGUGUCAGCUGCUGGAAAAAAGAAUCCACAGAGUGUACCUGAUGAUGUGAUACUCCUCAGUGAUGAUGAGCACGACAUACCUAGGAAACGAGUCUCGCCAGGCAAGCAUUUGAAGAUACGGGAGAGACCAACCCACGUUUUAGCGUUAGAAGCGACUAGUAAAACCCCUGUUCCAAUGGCCGAAAAGCAAGCAAUUUCUUUGCUUGAUAGACAAAACACUAUGUCAUUGCCUACUAGUAAUGACCAAAGAGCAGUGCAAGGGGAUGUACCAAGUUCUGUAUCUCCCGCGGAAGUUAAUACCGUAGCUGAUGGACUUGCUCUUGUUACUAGCAACCAAGGUGGCUUAAAACCUAUUAGCUGUAAAGCCAAAACCUCUGGAAGUUUGGCUAUAGUGGAUGUGGUUGAUGGGAUAAGAAGUAACUCAGGUACACCGUCUUGUUCACAGAAUAAUAGUCCGGAUAGGAUCAUCCGCCAAAAGGGUCCACGUAUAGCAAAAGUUGUGAGGAGAAUCAAUUGCAAUGUAGAGCCUUUAAACUAUGGAUGUGUGCUUUCUGGAAAAUCAUGGUGCAACCGCCAAGCGAUUUUUCCUAAAGGAUACCGUAGUCGGGUCAGGUACAUAAAUAUUUUGGAUCCAACAAGGAUGAGCUUCUACAUUUCAGAAAUUCUUGAUGCUGGACGCAAUAGUCCGUUGUUCAUGGUUCACUUGGAGGGUAAUCCCAGUGAGGUGUUUGCUCACUUGUCGCCUACAAGAUGCUGGGAGAUGGUAAGAGAUAGAGUAAACCAAGAGAUAAGUAAGCAGCACAAAGCUGGUAAGCUAGAUCUUCCUCCUCUGCAGCCCUCUGGGAGUCCUGACGGUUUUGAAAUGUUUGGAUAUACUUCACCUGCAAUCCUACAGGCUAUUGAAGCGUUAGACGUGAAUAGAGUUUGCACAGAGUAUUGGGACUCCAGGCCUUAUUCGCGGCCACAAGUGCAGUUCCUUGCAAAUCCUCUUCUCAGAGAAGCCAACAAGACAACAAGCAUACAAUCAUCAUCGGAUGUGAGAAAUCUCCAGAAAGCUCCCGGACGUCGUCUGUUAUUACCUGCUGGAACAAACUCCACUCUCAAAGUUCUGCUUAAGAAAGCUAACAUGGAGGAACUAAGCUCACUUCAAGAGGUUUUAAGUGAGUCUAACAUAGAUUUGGUGACCGAACUUGUGAAGGAAGAGAUCCAGAAGCGGCGCUGAUUUUAUAUGGAAGGAGAUUGUUUUUUUAGUGUGUACAUACAGAGUUGAUGAAAGGCUGCAUUGCUCAUUCUUUUUGGUCACCCUUUACAGAGGAAGAAUAGAAACAUAUAACUAUGCGUUCUUGAAACCAUUAGUUUUGGUUA